AACCGAUCUUAGUUAAGUUUUAUUCGCCCUACAUUUCGGUGACAAAUUCUCGAUAUAGCUGCUAGUUUUAUUUCUUGAUAUUAAUAUUCUCGACAAUGGCUGAGUUUCCGCUCUGCGUGUCCUGUUCGGAGAGGGAGUUGGCCCGCUUGACGGCGGAGGAGCUGUCGAUCUCCAUUCGGAAGGAUAGUAAGCUGAAGAAGCCGGUCAGGGCGAAGCCCAAGACGGUGAUCGGAGGUCCGCUGAUGGCGAACCGCAUGAAGAUGUGGCGCCAGCACCGCGAGCGGGUGAAGGAGGCGAUCAGCAAGGUGGACGCCGAGGCUCCAGCUUUCCAGGCGGCCCGGAUCACCGGGGUGAACAAUCUGCGGGACGAGGCGCAGGUGUUUAUGAGGCGCACCAAGGCGAACAUCCAGCUGCUGGUGGAGAUCUCGCGGACGAUGCGCACCCACGGAGCCAUCAAUCCGUUUCGCUACGAGGUGGUGCACGCCGUCUCCUCCAUUCCCAUCGCUUUGCUCGGAUUGGAGCGACUGGAGCGGGAUAACCGCGACUUCGGAAAGCGCAUCAUGGAGGUGCACAGCGAGGUGGACUCCGGACUGUCGGACAAGCGGAUGCUGGAGGGCAGGAGUUCGGCUCCCUCGGCUCCGCUGGAGUUGCCUCCCCAGGCGAUGGCCAAGUACGAGGCGUUCAACAUCCCGCUUCCCGAAUCCGAUGCAGAGUUGCGGCGCCUCUUUAGACCGCGAGUCUACUUCGACAUCUAUCUGAAGGAUGCACGUCCGCUGGGAAGGAUUGUGGUGCAGCUGUACACGGAGGCAGCUCCGCUUGUGGUCCUGCAGCUGAUCAAGUCCUGCAUGUGCAACCAGCACUCCAAGUUCCUGGUGAAGCGACUCUUUCCGAAUCUCUGGCUGGAGACGGAUCUGCUGCUGGCCGCAGAAUCGCCGCUGAAGCAGCCAUUGGAAUACGAUGCCAAGGUGAUCGACCACGGGGCAUCCAGCUACGUGUUGUCCUUCAGCAAGGCUUACGUCAAAGGAUUCACCGACCACCUGUCCUUUGCCAUCUCGUUCAAGCCGCUUACCGUGGUCAACGGAUCCCGGGUGGGAUUCGGCCGGAUUGUGAAGGGCAGCAAGAUUUGCGAGUGCAUCCAGAGCUACGGCACCAAGAACGGCAAGCUCAGUCGGGGUCUGCUCUUCACCAGCUGCGGAUUACUGUAGUUGGCCCUGCAGCUGUGGCACCCCGUAAAUUGUUAACAUGUGUUCGAAAUCCGUGAUGUCGAUGUUGGUCUUUACAAACAGUCAGGUUCGAAAUCGCCUUUUAAAAACGAUAAACAAAACAUACAUGGCUUAAAUAAAUACAAGCAUUUUUGGAGAUCAUA